AUGGACGCAACAAUUGAGUGGCUAGGUUGGACCACGUUCCGUAUCAAGGCCAACGGUCUCGUCAUCUUCUUAGAUACGUGGUUGGACCGCCCAGACGGGAUGCCCAAGGUUUUGGCUGUCGACGAUGUGACUGAGGCGGAUUACAUCUUCAUCUCCCAUGCUCAUUUCGACCAUCUCCCCGGAGCCGACAGGAUAGCAAUCAACACGGGGGCACACGUUAUCGCCAACGGUGAAGCCAUCAACGCCCUCCGGUCAGCUGGAGUUCCGGAAGACCAGUUGAUACCAGUGGCUGGUGGUGAGCGCAUCCCUCUUUUCACUCUCGAGUCUCGUCAAGCCGCAACUCGUGGUGAAGUCGACGUCACUCCUGGGCCACCAGGGGCCCCUGCACGUCCAGACCCUAGCUUGGCAGUGGCCUCCGUGCAAGUCUGGCCUUCACUGCAUUGCCUGUUACCAGGUAGCUCUCCUGUCGACUUACCGGAAGUUAUGGAUACAGGAAAGGAGUAUAUCGGAGGAGCAAGCCAGUACGCUUCUACUCUUGAUAUCAGGUUUAUGCUGCGACACGGUCUCCUCAAGCUCAGCGACCACAUGCCCCGUGAAGCUAUGGAUGCUGUUAUGCGCUCUUUCGUCGACUGGAUUGAUGGGCCUACAAGCAAAUGUUCAUCUCCUUUUGACGGGGGGCAGCUGAUGUUCAACUUUCUGUUUGGAGAGGGUGAAACAGUGCUUUGGAACGGGCAUCUGGGUAUGUACGAUGGAAUAGUGCAGACAGUGCAGCCACAGCCAGAUGUACUUAUUCAGGCAAUCGCUGGACGUGGAAACUUGAACGGAAGACCGUUCGAUGGGUCGGCGGCGCAGUUUGCGGUGGAAUUGUCGAAGCUUUUGGGGGAGCCGAAGAAGGUGAUCUGGUGUAUGCAUGAGGAUCAGCCAAUCUCACCAAAGCGAUUAGAAUUAGCACCCGCUACGGAAGCGAUGGAGAAGGAGACUAGUUCCAAGGUCACUACGCUACAGCUAGGUGCAUCGGACAGGCUCUUCUAA